AUGGCCAGUUCUCAGCAACGUCAUCCUGUGGGCUUGCCGAACUACAUGCCUCAGAAUCCAACUGCUAAUGGUAGCCCUGUUCGAUGUUAUCCUAAUGGGAUGGCCAACCUCACGCCUCAGCAUGUGAAUGCUAAUGGUAGUCCUCUUGGUACUCAUGAGGCGGGUAUGCCGAGCAACGUGCCACUAAACAUAAUGAACGCCGGCAACCCUAUUGCAAACGAGUACUCUCAGAUUCUGGGCAGUGUGCUUCAAUUUCCAGUCUAUGACAGCAGCACUGUCCCAAUCCGUGGCGAGCGAAUGACUAACGUCAUGGCCUCAGAAUCCUUCAACGAUGGGUACUUCACCCAGAACGAUCCUGUGGGAAUGCAAGGUCUCCUCGCCCAGGAUGUGAUGAGCGAUAAUGGUUCUCAGGGCAUCUAUGGCAAUUUCUUCCCUGAGGAGCAGCUCUAUCUCGACCCAGCCUUUACAGGCUUUGAAACUUUUGAUGAAAACAUUGCCCAAGGAUUCCCUGUCAUCCCCCAAGGUCAGCAGGAUACUGCAGGUGAACAGAUGUGGACCCAGGAACUCGUGAGCCAGCUGCGGGCCGCCUUGCAAACAUCUCAAGACAAGAUCUCCCUGCUUGAAGAUGAACAUGGCAGAAAUGUCGCGACGCUCCAAGAGCGGGUUGCUGCCCUUGAAAAGGAAAAUGUGACACUAAAGAGAGAGAAUGUCAUGGUCAAAAGCUUCUACAACAUGAUUCGCGGCUAUUAUGAUUUCACGAUGGGACCAAAUGGCAAACUCCUUCCAGUGAUCCCUACGUCGAACCAGUCCGCAGUUGUGCAGAGCAAUAAACCAAAGCCAGUAUUCCAAGAGGCAUACGAAGCCAAGAUGGAGCGAAUGCAACGCCAAUACCAACGAGUACUCGUUAAUGCGGACAUCUGCCUCUUGUGCCCAUUGCACCAUAGCAGCCGCCAGCAGCUGCAACCUCCACAAAUGGUGGAGGCUCCUGCCCAGGUUAUUGACCUCACCAGCGAAGAGCCUGGCCCCUCCAGACGACAGGGUACAAUUCAAGAGUUUUUGGCUAGUGCUGCUCGGUAUGACAUAUGGGAGGGAUGCCACGCAGCCACGCAGACGACGGCCGCAUUGGGAGCCGCAACUCCUGCUCGAGUGACGACCACAGCGGGGACUGCAUCAGCUGCUUCGUCAAUUCCAUCGGCUCGUGAAACUGCAGCUGCCCAUGCAGCUAGCUCUCAGCAUUCUGCAACUACAUCCGCGAAGCGUCCAGCAUCGCCCGCAACGCCGCCCUCCCCAGCCGAAGACGUCAGCCCUUCCAAGCGCCAAAAACGCAAGCAGUCCGACUACACUUGGAUGCAACAAACCCAGAACCUUGCCCUGAGGAAGGCAACGGGCAAUCUUCCUCAUCCCUUAGAAGGGUGGGACCCUCAGCGGGUCGCCGCUGCAGCAGCAGCGGGACAUCUUAAAGCCUUUGCCGUCAAUACCGCGGUUUCGACUGCUCCAGCUACGAAUCACCCGUCCUCAAGUCUGCCCCCCAAGCCCGCACCAGCAUCAAAAUCCACGUCUUCUUCUCACAAGUCCUCCAAGGUCCCCCAACCCAAACCUGCUACAGCGAAGAAGUCGAACGCUCGCGCAAAGGGCAAGGAGAAGGUUCAAUCUUCUGCAGCAUCUCUAGCGGAUCUAGCCAUGGCCCUCUCUGGUCCCAAUACCGCCCAUUCCGCAGUUGCCAACACUUCUGGCACUACCAACUCUUCCAAUGCCCUCAGCGUCGACAUCCUAGUUGAAGAGCCUACUUACGUCCCUGCUCGCAGGCCGACCCCUCACCUUCCUCCUACCGCUCCCCCCACAGACAUGGAUUCUGAAUCGGAGACUGAGGAGGAGAGAGCCGCACGCAUCAGAGACUACGACCUGAUGAUCAUUGACCACAACGAGCAAUCCGCGCUCCCGGCUAACAGCGAGGUCGGUAGAUCCUCUCCUUUUGAGCCCAACGAUGACGACGUGGCAGAUCUUGUCGCGUUGUUCGAGGCGUCCGAAGAGUCCGACAACCAGCAGAAGGGGGCUCUCGAGGCUAAUCAAAGCGAGAACUGGGAUGAUGCCGACAGCCUCUUUGGGGAAAAGGAAUUCCAAGUCAUGCCUCAGGAUGAGGAAAGUGAGGUGAGCGAGGAGGAGUAG